UUAAGAAGAAAUAUCUAUUAAGAAGACACAAGCUUGCGCAUGAUGAUCAAGAUAAGAGAGACGCGUCCUCGAAGGGCAACACCCAACUCGUGGAGCAACUAGCAAACUCUCAGAAACAGGAAGCUUUGUCCUGCACCAUUUGUGACUUUCGUUGCAAUAAGAGGUCAACAAUGAUAGCCCAUCUGGCUCAAAAUCACGAGGGUUCGGGCAAAAGUAAAUUCACCGGUAAAAGAAAGUUCACCUGCAUCAUAUGCGGCCUGAUCUGUUCCCGAAAGGAGACUCUAAGGUCUCAUUUUGUACGGAAGCACACCCAGCAUUACGAGUUCUCUUGCGAGCAAUGCGGCAAAGAGUUCAAGAUCAAGGGUGAUCUGACCACCCACAUGAGAUUGAAUCAUCGGGAACCACCGGUCAUGUGCGACGUUUGUGGCAAAACGUGUCGAAACAGUCACAGUUUGUACACGCAUCAGAAGCACGCCCAUUACAAAGCGAAAUACGAGUGCCCCGUGUGCCACAGAAGAUUGGUGACCAAAGAGAACCUCGACCAACAUGUGUUGACCCAGCACGAGAAGAAAGAGAAGUCGGUUUGCGAGGAAUGUGGGAAAACGUUCUUCGAGAAUCACGAUUUCAGGAAACACAUGAGGAUACACACAGGAGACAAACCUUAUAGCUGUUCCGUGUGCGCUAGAGCGUUCACCACGCACAGUAGUUUGAGCCAACAUUUGUUGCUGCACACCGGGGAAAGGAUUUACGUUUGCGACGUGUGUGGCAAAUCGUUCGCCCAGAAGGCUGGCCUCAUAUGUCACAGAAAGAUUCACGGAACGUUCGAGCUCGACACCCUCAACUCGCGCGGUAUCUUUAUCUACGACAAGGAAUCGGUGGUGAUGAAGAAAUGGCAGAUCCUGGAAUUCGAUGGGAAACCGUACUACGCGUUUGUACCUGAGGGAGACACGCCGCUGGCCGAGGAGGAUAUACCGGAGCAAGUGGACGAGGCGGGGAACGAGGAGGAGAAGCAGGAUCUCGUGAAGGUGGAGUGCCUGUACGACGAGGAGGAGUUGCAAUACGAUUCGACCGACGAGAAAUUGUACGAGGAGGAGGAUCUGUUGAACAGGAGCGGGGAUCUGAAGGAGGAGGACGACGUGAAACCGAUAAUACUGAACGGCGGCAUCGAGGGUGAGAACGAGGCGAAGGCGAUCGGUGAUCUUUAUCAGGUGAAGGUUCAGGGGAGCAUGGUGACGAUAGAGAAGUUGACGUCGAGCGACGUGGAAGAGGCGAAGGAGGUGGUCGAGUAUCAGCAGGAGGAGGAGGAGCAGGAGGAGCAGGAGGCGUACGGGAACGAUCAGCAGGAGCAGGUGUUGGAGCAGGUGGUGGAGCAGAUGGAGCAAGGGGAUCAGGAUCAGAUAGAGCAGAUAGAGUACUUGGAGGAGGAGAUGUUGGAGUCGGCGAAUAAUCACGUGGCCCCCACGAGGACACGUAGGAAGGUGUCGAGGGGGGCGGGCAGCGCUCUCAAGUGCAAAGUGUGCUCGGAGAUGUUCAGCUCGGCGAUCUCGUUCAGGAAGCACGUGGCGUGGACGCACAAGAAGAAGGUGUGCAUACAGGAGGACGGGGCGUACAUAUGCGCUGUAUGCGAUUACAGGACGUUGAAGAAGAGCCUGUUCGCGGCACACUUGGAGAGGAAGCACGAGACCUGGUCGAGGAAACGGCCCAACAACAUGCUGUUCCCGUGCGCGGCUUGCGGCUUCGUGUGCAGAUCGAAGCACUCGUUGCAGUCCCACUUCAUCAGGAAGCACACCGACCGUUACGAGCACCAGUGCAAGUUUUGCCCGAAGAAGUUCAAGGUGAAGGGCGACCUGACCAAUCACGUACGGUUUCACCACAAGGAGAAGCCGAUCAAUUGCGACGUGUGCGGGAAACUGUGCCAGAACAGCGGCUCCCUUUACGUGCACCAGAAAUGGGCGCAUUACAAGCCGAAAUACGAGUGUCACAUAUGCAAGAGGCGUAUGGUGACGCAGGAGAAUCUCGAUCAACAUUUGUUGACGCAACACGAGAAAAGGGAGAAGAUCGUGUGCGCCGAGUGUGGCAAAACGUUCACCAAGAAGGACUCGUUCAAGAGGCACAUGGCGGUGCACACGGGGUGCAAGCCACACUCCUGCCUUAUAUGCAACAAACCGUUCGCGAGGAGGUCUCAGUUGCGUCAACAUUUGCUCAUCCACACGGGGAAGAGGCCGUUCGUCUGCGACAUAUGUGGCAAGGCGUUCACGCAGAAGCCCGGUCUGAUCUGUCACAGGAAAACGCAUCCUGGCCCUCAUCCACCGUUGCCCGUAAUGCCGAUCGCCGACAUCGUGAAAGAGUUCACCGAAGGCUACGUGCAGGAGAUAAACGCGCGCGAGAACGAGGAGAGGAUCGAGGAGGAGGCAAUUUUCGAUCCUCUGAGCGAAGAAUUCAAGCCGGAACAAUCGCUCUCCUCGUUGGAGUUCCCCGACGGAUACGUGAAUUGGAUCGGCAAAGAAAACUUGGAGAGUAUAGUAUCCACGAAUCGGGAAGAGGUGGACUCUCCUCGAUCUAAUCAGGGAAAGAAGAAGGCCGUAACUCGUCUGGAGUGCGACCACUGUCGACGCAAGUUCCUCAAAAAGAGUAACCUGGCCGAGCACUUGAAGAAGCACAAGCACAAGUGUCCGGAUUGUCCGAAAACUUUCAGGCUUCGCCGAUACCUGGCCUCCCACGUGGAGAAGAUCCAUCGACGCCAAGUGUACGAUUGCAGCGUUUGCGAGUACAAGAGCAACAACAAAGGUACCCUGAAGAACCACUAUAUUCGUCUGCACACGAGCAACUACGAUUUCUCGUGCGACACGUGCGGCAAGCAAUUCAAGAUAAAGAAAGCGUUGAACCAUCACGUGAAACAGAACCACAGCGACGCACCUCCAAUAGUGUGCGACGUGUGCGGCCAUUUCAGCAAGAAUCUCCAUGCGUUGAAGGCCCAUAUGAAGUACAGGCACUACAAGCCUGAGUUCGUGUGCCAAAUCUGCAGACGAGGUAUGACCACGCGUGAGAACCUGGAGCAACAUUUGACUUGGCACGAGACAAGGGAGAAGGUACUGUGCCCCACCUGUGGAAAGAGGUUCAGGGGACGAGACUUGGACUCCCACAUGAGGGUGCACACCGGAGUCAAACCGUUUCCCUGCCCUGUGUGCGGGAAAUCGUUCAGAAGGCAGACUGCUCAGGAGCAGCACGUGCUUAUUCAUACCGGGAAGAGGCCGUACGUUUGCGACAUUUGUGGCCAAGCGUUUGCUCAGAAACCUGGGCUUAUUUGUCACAGGAAACGCCAUCCUGGACCGUUGCCCCCGUUGCCUGUCGUUUCGAUAAAGAACAUCGUCACAGAUUCACCUGCAUCGGAUCCAUUGAACGGAAGCGAGGCGAAUAAUCCUGUGGAAGAGAGUUGCGUCAUCAAGAUAGAGAACUCGUACACGUUGGCGAAGAAAGAGCGAAGGCAAAAUCGAAGGGACGGAUCGAGAGGGAAAAGGACGAGAUCGAGGAUCGACUCGACGUCCCCGACUUCGAGGAAACCCGUCGAAUUGAUGAGGAAAGCGAGGAGACCGGCCGAGUUACUUUUGGAGUGUGAUUUUUGCGGUAAACAGUUCAACAGGAAAUCGUUGUUGGCGUCGCACAUGAAGCAGCACAGGCAUCGUUGCAAGACCUGUGACCAAACGUUCCGACUGAGGAAAGACUUGAAGCAGCACACGGAACAGGUGCACGGGCCUGUGCUGUACCCUUGCACCAUCUGCGAGUACAAGAGCAACAACAGGUGGACGUUGAAGGAUCAUUUCAUCCGGAAGCAUACGAGCAGUUUCGACUAUUCGUGCUCCGUUUGCGGGAAGCAGUUCAAGAUAAAGAACGACAUGGUGCAGCACGCGAAGCAAAUGCACAGCAACGCGCCGCCCAUUAUUUGCACGGUGUGCGGGCACGCGUGCAAGAGCGUGCCCUCUUUGAAGGCUCACAUGAAAUACAGGCACUACAAGCCCGCGUUCGAGUGCAGUUUGUGCAAACGAUGCAUGACCACUCAAUACAACCUUGACCAGCACUUGCUCUGGCACGAGAAAAAGGAGAAAGUGGUGUGCCCCACUUGCGGCAAGACUUUCGGCCAGAAGAGGGAUUUGGAUCUUCAUCUGAGGAUCCACGAGGGUAUCAGGCCAUUCUCUUGCCCUGUCUGCGGUAAAAAGUUCCCGAGGCGGACUGCUCAGGAGCAACACAUACUGAUACACACCGGCCAGAGGCCGUACACUUGUGAUAUAUGCGGGCAGAAGUUUGCUCAAAAGCCGGGAUUGAUCUGCCACAGGAAGCGACAUCCUGGACCUUUGCCACCGCUCCCUGUGAUCUCUAUUAGGAAGAUUAAUAUCUCAAUAGUUGUAAUCAGGUUUUUCAGGUCACGAAGAAUAACGUCUCGAGCGAUUCACGAAUGCAUCAAAUGCGGGGCAUGUUUCUGCCACAUGAGAAAACUGGUCGAGCAUCUGAAGAACCUGCACAACAUCGACAGAGCCUUCAGCUGCGACGAGUGCGGCAAAACGUUCCGAAGUCCCAUGAACAUAGCCCGUCACAAAUUAAUCCACACAGGCUCGAAGAGGUUCGCCUGCGACCUGUGCGACUACAGGUCGAACCAGAAGUCGAAUCUCGAGAGCCAUCGUCGUCGGCACACCAAGGAUUACUCGUUCAGGUGCAGCCAGUGCCAGAAGGGCUUCUUCCUGAGGACAGAGUACGUGGAGCACGUGAACGUGCACACGAGGAAGGAGAUCUAUCGAUGCGACCACUGCGCCAAAGCCUAUCCUUACAAGAAGAAUCUGACCCAUCACAUGAGGACGCAUCACGCGAGCAUUUUACCGGCCGAGAUGAAGAGUGGCGCGAAACAGAAACACGUGUGCACGAUCUGCCUGGAAGGUUUCGCCCGGAAACGUUUCUUGGAAAGCCACUUGAAGCAAUUGCACGGGUUGCACGAGAAGAUUAAGCAUCUGUGCGAUCUGUGCGGCGCCAUGCUUUCCUCCGGCAGAAGGCUGAUGGUGCACAGGCGGCGCCACGUCAACGAGAAGAUCGCGAGAUGCGACGUGUGCGACAAACAGUUCGCGAGCAAAGAGAACCUCAGUGUUCAUCGGCGGGUGCACACCGGGGAAAAACCGUACGGUUGUUCUCAGUGUGGAAGAAGAUUCGCACAGAGGACCUCUUUGAUCUUGCAUCUUAGGUACCAUUCGGGGGAAAGGCCGUAUCAAUGCGUGGAUUGCGGCAAGGGAUUCGUGUCGGGAAGUUUUUUGAGGAAGCAUCGCAAGACGCACGAGAAAACCUCGCAGCUCGAGACUUGCAGCUGGAGCAACGAGCACGACGAGUUUAGCAGCUGCGAAGAUUUCAGAAUCAAGAACGAGGAUGUCCUUCUCGAUCCUGAGCAAAAAUUCGAGGGAAACGAGAAAGUCUGCGAUCUGUGCCAAGAAAAGUUUCACUUCGUGACCAGAUUGGUGGCACAUCUGAGGAUCGUCCAUGGUAUCCAUAGACCCUUCAAGUGUGCCACUUGUGACAAGACGUAUCCGCAACAAUUCAUGCUGAACGCUCACGUGAAAAAGUCCCAUACUCCAAAAACCAUACCCUGUAAUCAGUGCAGUUUCAUGGGGGUGAAUGCUGCCGAUGUGGAAAGGCAUACGAAACGACAUCAUCGAGAGGUGAAAUUCACAUGUGAAAUCUGCAGUGAGAACUUCGUGGACAAGGAUUCCUUGACCACUCAUACGACCAUGCACAACUUUAUGCAAUUUCAGCAGUGCAAUGCUUGCGGCACGACUUUCAAUGACGUGUACAGUCUGAAGGAGCACAAUCGUCUCUACCACUACGACCCAGCGGCAUUGAUUCAGGAGAAACUCGAAACGGACGAUCCCCAAACCGCUGAGCACAAAUGCGACGUUUGCGGCAAGGUUUACAAGUACAAAUCAGUUCUGAAGCAGCAUAAGGUGAAGGCUCACGGCGACAUGCCCAAUUACGAGAGGCGUAGAUAUUUAUGCGCACUUUGCGGCAAAGAGCUAAAAACAGCGAAAGGCCUCGAGAUACACAAUCGAUCGCACACCGGCGAAAAGCCUUACACCUGCGAGGUAUGCGGCAAGUGUUUCGCGUGCGAGACCCUCCUCAGGACUCAUAACGUCACGCACACCGGCGAGAGGAAGUACUCUUGCGACCAGUGCGGCAAAGCUUUUACACAGAGAUCCACGUUGGUGGUUCACAAACGUUACCAUACCGGUGAACGGCCAUACGUUUGCCCUCGGUGUGGUAAAGGUUUCGUGACGAGGACCGUUUUGAAUACUCAUAUGAAAUCUUGUCGUUGAAACAGGAUGAGAGAAGCAGAUGGAUGGGAAGAGAGUUAGUUGUUCGGCAAGGGGCUUCCAGCAUAGGCGGAAACAAUAGGCGAUUGUUUCAGGUAAGACUGGGACUAUUUGUCGUUAAUUUUUAUGAUUCUAUGGGGACCCUUAAGAUUAAGAAUUUCUUCAGAUCGGAUGGUGGAAGAGAAGUAUUUGAAGAUGAGUGAUCUUUUUGUACUUUUAUAUUUAAAUAUUUAAUUAUUGGAUCGUUCCAAUAGUCCCAGCCUUAAAUUGAGAUGUAUAUAUAUAUAUAUAUUUUUUGAUUUUAAUGCAAUUCCAGUAUUAAAUGGUUCGUUAUGAAAUGUUUAGAAGGUCAAAACUAACUGCUACUUCUAUCAUUUGUCUCAAAGUAUUUAAAAUAGUAUAAAAAAUCAAUGCGUGACAAUAAAUAAUAGAAAAAUUUGAUAAAGCGGCUAAAUUUAUAUGAUGUAUAGUUCAUAAAAUGUUAAAUUUAAUUCUCAAUAAGAAUAGCCGACAUCCAUCGUAUUUCUUCUAUUUGUUUCUUAUUUCUUGGACAAGCGUGAAUUGACACAGCUCGAUCGUUUAAUACUGGGACAUCUUUGUGCAAUUUAUGACCCUUGAGGUACUUUUAGAAAACUCUCGAGAAAUCAGGGCAACCCUUACGAAUAUAAUCGCCAUUCAUAUCAAGUGGAUUAACAUCGAAAUCGAUCGCUUGAAGGAGAUAUCUUAUCCAUAUAUAUAUAUAUAACUAUAUUGUAUAUGUUAUUUUUUGAGAAAAUAUGAAAUUUUUAAAAAUCGACGAAAAUAAUAAUAAUGCAUUUAAGAUGUGAGAUUUUUUUUUUUUAUGUCUUCGUUUUUAAAAUUUUAAAUGUGCAGAGUUCAUAAUCUCUGCGAUUAUAAAGCCGUCCUUGACACUAGUAUUAAGAUGUAAUAACUGAUCAUUGUAAACUUCUGUAAGCAUCUGACAAAUAUCAUCGUGCUAUUUCGUAUAAACGAAUUAAAAAGUAAUAAUAGUUAAAGACUA